CAAUAAACAAGUAAAAUCUUGAAUUUUUUGAAUUAAAUUUUUCUAAAAGUUGAAAAAUGCGAAUACGGAUGAAGUAAGAGCAUUUUAAAAAUACUUCAACAAGAAAAACAAAAGGAAUGGAAAACAACCAGAAUGGAUCUGAAGCAGGCUAUAAUUAUUCAUCAUCCUCUGCAUUACAAUUUCCAUUGAUAAGCAACAACAGUUUCGAAUUAAAUGCAAUUUCACUCAGUGAUGAUUCUGGCUUUACAUCAUCAAAUCUCAAUCGAGAAAAUGAACAUGCUGACUUCAAUUCCGAUGAAUUUGAGGAGUUUUCUCAAUUCGAUUCUGAUUCUGGAAUGAGUGCUGAAAAUUUCCACACCAUAAAGAAAAUUCCACCAAAUACUUUGAUAGUCGAGCCACCUCCCGAAUUCGCUGACAAUUUCAAUAGCAAGUUUUCCACUCAACAUACAACACCAGGUACCAUCAUAAGAACGACUCAUAUACAAAGUUAUGCAUCGCGUUUAACGCAAAAUAUAAUUGCCAAAGCUAUUCGAACAUUUGAUCGUCGUCAUCCUGCCUCAAAAGAAAUUUAUUGUGAAAAACAUGCAGCAGCAAAGUUGAGAAAGCAGCAGCAAACAUCAAUGGAGCAGGAGUAUUUAAGAAAGAAACGUCUCGGUUAUAACAUUUACGGCAGCGAUUCAUUCCUCGACAGUUACAAUAAACUUCACUUGAGCAAUGGAAAAAAUAGCAAUUCAAACAUAAACAUUGUUGAGCCGGAUGACGACAUCUAUGAUGAGCCUAACACUGAAUAUGAUGUCAUUUACAAAGACAACAAAGAUACGAUCUUAUGUACGAAGCGUAUCGUUCGAUCAUUGGAGAAGAAAAAGAUCGAUACGCGGGCUCAUCAUCUCUACAGUAACACUGAAGAUUUAUAUUAUGAAAAGUUGAAGACAAAAAGCUCCAACACAAAAUUCCAAAGCAACAGCUUCCAAAAGAAGUUUGAUAAGUUCCUUCGUAGCAAAUUUCUUACGAAUAACAUGACACCAACGACGACAACAUCGUCGAUUUUUUAUAGUUUCUGUCGUGCUGGCACAAACAACUCCAAUUCAUGUAAUCCAAACUCAAAGAGUUCUCUCAACAGUCGAUUAUCAAGCUCACAUAAUUCACUUACUGUUCCCACCAAUAAAGCUGAUGACAGCAUUUUCAUCACACAAGCAAUGUCGCAUGAUCAACUUGGUCAUAGUUGUUUAGAGAUAAGUGACUUUUAUAAUGUACCAAUGGACUCUGACAUUUAUACUUUGCCAAUUGAUGUCAUUCAUCAUCAAGAAGAUGACGAACUUCAACAACAACAACAAUUACAAUCUUAUCGUUCACAUCGAACGAUGUCUGAUAAUAGUUUACUUGGAUGUAGCAGCACAACAAUUGGUAGUCGAAAUCAUAAAUUCCAUCGAAGUAAAAAUAAAAGAAGUAAGAGAAAGAAGAGAUCAGCUGAAGGCAGUGGUCAUGAGAAUAUACGUAAGAUGUCAUGUGGUAAUGUUGUAAGUUCACAAUCAUUCGGUAAUGAAUGUAAUCGUGUGCCAUCAGAAAAAUGUAAAACGAAACUUUCACAAUCGUCAAUUGAUUGUUCAUCGAGAUUAAGAGGAAAGAAUUUGUCAUCAGAAUCAUCGAAAAUUAUCAAAGGGGAUAACAAUAACAACAAAUAUACAAACACAACAACUAGCAACAGUAGCAGUACCAAAAAAUCAUCACAAUUCUCAAUUAGUCUCAAUUUAAAGCAGAAGUUUUGUAGCAUUUUUCGAUUUAAAAAAUCGUCACAACAGCAGCAGUCGCCAUCGAGAAAUAUUACGCAAAAUUUAACUCAAGAUGUCAAUGAGAAAAAAGUAAAUUUGUCAACAAGAGCACUUCCACCUUUACCAGCGGGGAAAGAUGAUAAAAGCGAGAAUGUGGAAGGAUUGAACAGUUCGUCGACGAUGAUGGAAAAGAAGCGAGAAUCGACGAUGGAUUUUGCUGCGAAUAUUGAGAAAGUUCGUGAGUGUGGGUGGUAUUGGGGCGCUUUGACAUCAGAAGCAGCGGAAAAGAUUCUUUCGAAUGAACCAGAUGGAAGUUUUAUUGUUCGUGACAGUUCCGAUCUUAAUUAUAUCUUUUCAUUGACUGUGAAACUUAAUGGCUGUAUUCGACAUGUUAGAAUUGAACAGGAACAAGGAACUUUCUCAUUUGGAUCUUGUGCUCAGCAAAUUAAAUGUUCGUAUAAAUCAAGGACUAUUAAAGAGUUCAUUGAGAACGCUGUGGAACAUUCAAGAAGUGGUCGCUAUUUGUUCUUUCUUCAUCGUCGUCCUGAGCAUGGGCCAAUGAGAGUUCAACUUUUAAAUCCAGUCUCACGUUUCAAGCAUAUUCAAAGUCUUCAACACAUGUGCAGAUUUGUUAUCUUGAAAGCUGUUCAAAGAAAGGAUUUAAUUGAGACAUUGCCACUUCCUCGUAGACUUCUUGAUUAUCUUCAAAAUAAAAACUUUUUGUCGGAGCUUAUUGAAAGCGACAGUUCAUCGCAAUCCCAAAUUUAUGGUGAAAACAAUAACAAUAAUUCUGAUACCAAUUAAACAUAGCAACACUCAAGACAACAAUAAUUGCAAUAAUUUUUCUCAGUCUCAUAUUUGACUAUAAAUGAAAAUUUCCUUCUUUUAUAAAGCUUUUCAUUCUAUUUACUUUUGCGAUGUUUAUCAGCAACGAUUUUAAAGAAAGAAAUUCAUAAGAAACGAAAAUUUGUCUGUUUCACAACGAUAACAUUGACUUCAGAAAAACAAUAUUGAAAAGAAAUUGCAAUUGGGUGCUAAUGACGAAUUUCUUAAGUGUCAAAAGCUUCAGUUUAAUUUUCUCCCAUUUCUUAUGAUGAUUUUCUUUUAGAUUGUAAAGUUCGAAUGGAAUAAUUCCAUUGAAAAGUUCAAACGAUAUAUUUGUAUUGAAUAGAUGUGAUUUGUGUCACUUUUGAUAAUUACAAUGAAGAAAAGAAAAAGUUAGUGAAUGCAGGGGAUGAAAAGUUAAUUUAUUGACAGAUAUUCUAACCUAGGUAGUUAGGAAGGGUUCGUCCAACUUACAUACGUAAUUCGAACUCAAGGAAGAAACUUUUGAUAUUCAGCAUGUGAGGGUUGUAAAAACUUGAUUUCUAUUUCCAACUUUGUCCAUUGGAAUAAAUUUAAGUGAAGUGAAAAGUAGUUGAAUGUGUAAUCCUUUCCCUAAAGUUAUAAUCGUGUUUAAAUGCCUAGCAUUUAUCUUAGAACUGUUUUCUCUCUUCUUACAUCACUAAAAUAAAACAUUUCCAUAUUUUGUUUCUUCCUUCUAACCGAAAUAAAUGUUGAUUCAUAAACUUAUAUAAAUAUUAACAAUAAUAAUAAGAAAUAGUAAAACGGAAUAUGAUAAUCACAACAUCACAAAUUCUGCAAAUAAUGAUUUUAUCCGAUGAUUAAUUACUCAACUUUUCAGUUGUGCUUUUUUCAUAUUCUUUGAAAAAUAGCAAAUUAAGUUCAUCGUGGAUAACUUUCACGAUCUUUCCCUUUUUUUCUUAUUUUAAUGAAAAAUGUUUUAAGAAUUAAAAAAGAAUAGAAAACUAAUGUGAAAUCAUAUUGUGAUAUUAUUCAUUACAAAAAUUUUCAUACAUAAAGGAUAAUGAAAAAUAAAAUUUAGAAAGUUUCAGAAAUGAAAACGAAAAAUUUAAUUUGUU